AAGGCGCGGCCGUCAGCAACUGCGCAUGUCUGUGGCUCGAGGCCCCGCCCCGCGCCCACGGGCGCCGCCAUGUUGGGGUCCUCGCGCCGGACACGUAGGCGUCCGCGUAAGAUGCCGGCCGGCGCGCGCUGCUGCCGCCAAGAUGGCGUCCAUGCGGGAGAGCGACACGGGCCUGUGGCUGCACAACAAGCUGGGCGCCACGGACGAGUUGUGGGCGCCGCCCAGCAUCGCGUCCCUGCUCACCGCGGCGGUCAUCGAUAACAUCCGCCUCUGCUUCCACCGCCUCUCAUCGGCUGUGAAACUCAAGCUGCUGCUCGGGACGCUGCAUCUUCCGCGCCGCACGGUGGACGAGGUGAGGGCGCGGGCCGGCCUCUCUCCGUCCAGAGCGCACAUCCUGUCUCCAGCCCGCACCUGCGCCGCACCUUCCCUUUAUCCCGCUGGCCGCGCGCGUCUCCGGGGCGGCGCCGCUGGGCCUCCCCCCUCGGCCCGACGCCUCAGCGCCUCCAGCCGCUGGGCUGCGGUCGGGGAUCGGGGGUGGUGGGCCCAAGGCCGGAACAGCCCUCAGCCAGGCUGGCCCGGCGCGGAGUACUGGACACUGCCUGCCCGAAGCCUCCUUUGGGUUGGGGCUCUUAGUAACUUUGCAAGUGACUGCUGA